GCAUGUUAGAGAGCGUGAUUUGGCGUCAUGGAUAUGUACCCUGAAAUAGCAUCAGUACCAAUCUUCAACUCAUCGAUCCUCUCUUUACGAUUUCUGGUCCCAUUUUUAUCUUACCCACAUGCCCCUCAUGCCAUACCCCACCCCGAUUGAAACCCGAAUUAGAAACAACUCCUCCCGCUCUCGACGGUACGCUUCUUCCUCAAACCACGGGAUAGAGCGUCACAGGCUACGCUGCCGCGCUCCACAUGUCAUAUGUCACGUCCGGCAUCGAUCGCGUCGCUCGUGGGAGCUAUGAAUAGGUCCAAAGUUGAUGGCGCGGCUCAAAUUCGCAACCCAUCACAUGAUCUCGCCGCUCAUCUCCCUCACAAGGUCGAGGCAGUGCAUACCACCUCCCACCCCGACAGCGCCGACUUCAGGCCACGAGAUGCUGGCAGCCUGCCUACGUACAUCAUUACGCCUCACCGUCCGCCUGAAUGGGCCACGAUCGAAAACCCUGAUCACAGCGGACCGGUCGAGACGUGGCGCCGUCGCGCGCAGGGGUCUCAGACCGUCGCGGGAUGCGUUGGGCGCCACCGUGAUGGUGGGUGGGCUUUGGGUGGAGGCGAACCCUGGAUCGAAUUAAAGUUAGAGGAAGUGGGGCGGGUGUGUUUCAGGAUUUGCGGUGACCCCUGGCGGGUGUGGAGGGGAGGAUGGGUCCCUAGAGUCCGUGGUUCGGCGCGGUCGGCACACGCAAGCUAAAUCGUCGCGUGGCAGCGGGAGAAGGUUGCUUAUGCUUAGAUAGGUAGGUACGUAUGUAGGAAUGUGAGAGUUGAUUGGACACACUGGCUUUUGUCGCGGACUAGAACGGAUAAGCAGC